AUGGGACCACCAGCUCCAAUGGCUGAUGAACCUCCUCUACCUCCAACGUUGCCAAUCAACAACAACGACGAAGUGGAGCCCUCAGCAGAAGUUUUUCCUCCAACACCAGCAGCUGGUCAAGCUUUAGACCCUGCAACUGCUGAGAGAUUUCAAGUUCCACAACAAGAGACUUUUGAGCAACGACGAGCACGAGUUGACCGCCAAGAAACUUUGUCUUUUGGACCCCGCAGGCCACAACUUCAAAGCUCACAUGGAGCUACACCAUAUGAUCGUCCUGCAUGUGGCGAUGAUGAUGCUGCUGCCAGCAUGGCUUUCAAUGUGGAGGACAUGGAACAAGAGUCACUGCCUGGUGACUGGUGCUUCAAGCCUGAGACUGGCUACUUUGAGCUGCGUGAAGGUGCCCGAGUACGUGAUUUCUGGGAGCUGAAAGCUGGAUGCCUCCUUCGACAUCACUGUCACCAACGGCGCACUCUCUUUGACCCAGCUGGCAUCUCAGACAUCCCAGUUCCUCUUGACAAGCUUGACAACGUCAGGGUCACCAUUCACUUUGACCGUGACGGCAGUGCCAAGACCUUCACGGAUGACUUCAGAAAUCCUCAGCAUCAUGACAAAGACCUGCGGCAGCAUCAAUUGCCAACUACAUGGAAGGGUAUCACAGUUUUUCAACUCAAUGCAGAAACCAGAAAAGAACUCAACAUGUUUUCCAGCGACAGCAACCACUGUUACCACGUUCAGAAUGCGAAGAAGGUCGCCCAAGGCCUCAAGAACCAACAUCAAGGACAACAACGUCGAGAUGUCACCAAGAUGGCCAAGAACAAAGGCGAAGUGGUAGAAAAGCACCUGAACCAAACUGAAAGAGAAAUGUUCCACCAAGCGAAGGACCCUGCCGAGCUCUACACGAUGGAGGAUGAAGACAUGAAUGAAGAGACCUAUGAACCUGUGUAUGACGACACUCAUGUCGAGUCCUAUGAGCCUGUCGAGGCCUACGUAGCAACCCCAAAGAAUGCCAAGGUGAUAAAGUAUGUCAUCGCGGCGCUGACCUGGUUGCCUACGACCUCUGCAAUGCAUGCAGCUCCGGACCAUGAACAUGGACAGAGCGGAAUUUGGAUUUUCGCCAUUUUGGCGAUGAUGCUCCUUUGCCUCCUCCUUGGACCUUGGCUUGGUGCUCGAUACGAGCGACUGCGCCUGCAACAGGCAAUGGACCUUGCCUAUGCCCACGUGGACCAACUCCAACGAGAAGGUGCAGAACAGGCGGAUUUGAUUCGCCGACUUCGGUGUCGAUGCUAUGAUGUGGCUGGCCGCCGCAACGAGAUCGCGAAUGAACUGGAAGAAACAAGACGCAACGCCAACGUGAUGGCGAUUAUGCUGGCCUCUCAAAUCGAAGCAAUUCGGUUUCUACAAGCAAGAACCGAUAGACUUCGAAGCCUGAUAGCCAACCACCAAGCUCCGUGCCCGCUUGGCGACACAGUCCUUGUGCAGCCGACACUGGACGGCUCACUGUGGCACAUCGACCCUGAGUGCCCCAUCAUCGAGCUAAACCGAGCUCACAUGGUGCAAGAGCACGACCAUUGUGAGUACUGCUGUGCGAGAGACCGAAACAUGGUGACAGACCGAGCUUUCACUGGACGAUGA